AUGUUCCCUUUUACGAGCAUAUCAAUAUUGAGCUUCAUCGGGGUUGCGAUUGGCUCAGUUUGUCGCGACGGGGUUCAUAAUGUGUUCACAAUUGACUCGAUUGGAAAUGAUUCUCUUCCAGUCAUUGUUCGCAAUAUUACCAUAUUUGUAUAUGAUGUUGAUAUGAAGCCGUCUUGCUAUAACAAGAAAGUGAAUGUGGUACUUCCCGGGUAUUUUGUGAUCAAAUCAGGUGAAGUUGAGACAUCGCGCGACUUCGAUGUCGUCAAAUCCGGUGAUGUCGCUGUCUCGAUUGCACUUGACGGCGACAAUAUUUGCCUCAACGGCCAUUCCGAUAUGGUCAUUGUUCCUGACUCUUUAUGUAACUUCGAGAUGUGCUCAUUUGUACCGGUUGAUAUUUGCGAACUUCUUGAAACUAAAGGAUUGCAUACACUCGAAGAGCUAGAGGAGAAGAAAGCGUUCAACGCCACUUUGGAAUUGCCGCCGUCGCCGAAUUUUCUGGGAAUUUCGCUGUUGGAUAUUUUGAAAGGAAAUUAUCGAAUCAAAAUCGCGAUCAAAUCGAACGGCGAGAAAAUUGCCGAAUUUGCGAUUCCGACGGGUUACAUCGAUCUGAAAAUGGGCAUGCGAGAAGAUGAGGAUGACUAG